UCCGUCAUAACUAUAAAUAACACGCUUUACCCUCAAAGAUAAUUGCAAAGUGCAAAUCGCCUUGGUCACGACAGCAUUAGAGAUUCUUCAUCUCAAACACACGAUUAACUGUCUAGCCGAUCGUAUAGUCUAUAAUCGGUUCUCAAUAUGUACAGUCCGUCGGUUGUGUCUGUUUUGGUGCUAAUAUCUUCGGUUGGUAUUACAAUCGCAACUACUAUUUCGAAUCUGUCGACAGUAAAGUCAUCCAGGUUGGCAUCGGCCAGAUCUUCAUCAAAUAACACUUCGAGAAAAGUGGUAACAUUUCGGAAAUGUAUUGAAUAUGUUGAUGAAGAAUGUACUUGCGUUGAUUACUAUUCGUGUGAUAAUGAUAAGGUAGUUAGCGUGCCGACGACUUCUGGCCAAGAUCAGUGCAAUAGCGGCGAAGUCUGCUGCAAAGGAGUUAUUCCAUCAUUGCCAUUACAAACUGACACAUCCACAUCAACAACUCCACCAUCAACUCCCUCAUCGUUGCCACCAGCCAGUAAAUGUGAUGGGGCAUGCAUUUGUGUACCAUUCUGGCACUGUAAUAUCGACCACCAAUCAUUUCUAAUACCGCAGGCAGACGAUGAAAUUAUAGUCAGUCGUGGAUUUAGCUGCGAACCUUCAGAUGUCUGUUGCCCACCAUGCAACAUAAGUCAAGACUUCUCUUCAGUUACUAAUUUAAUCAGCACUGUUGCUACCCCAUCUCCGACACAAUCUUCCAGUGAUGUGAAAGUACCCACAUCAACAGAAUCCACCAGUGUUAAUCCUGUACAAUUGCCUACAUCAACAGAUCCCAGCAGUGUAAGCACCGCGCGAUUACCUUCAAAUUCAUCAACAGAACCCAGCAGUAUUAAUCCAGUACGUACGCCUAUAUCAACAGAAUCCAGCAAUGUUAGUUCCAGUCCUGCUAUUCCACAAGAAUGCGGUAUCAGGGGUAAAACCUCAAACGAACCCGAUAUCGAUACUAUAAUUACUAUUGGUGAAAGAAUUCAAAAUAAAGACGAAAAUGGGGAAACCGAAUUUGGUGAAUUUCCUUGGAUGGUUGCAUUAUUCAAAACAAAUGAUAACAAUUCUAUCAAUAGUCCGGCAAUUUGCGGAGGUUCCUUAUUAUCACCAUUUAUCGUUUUAACAGCAGCACAUUGCGUAAACAAAAUUGAUAAACACUUAUUAAGAGUUCGUGUUGGAGAAUACAACAUCGGUAGCGAUGAAAAUGAAACUCUUCCUCAUCAAGAUCGAACUGUAAAUGCUAUCCACGUACAUCCAAAUUAUAGUCCUAGAAGAUUAUACAAUGAUCUCGCUUUACUAAGUGUUAACGAACCAUUCGUUUACGAUUCCCACAUAAAUGGUAUUUGCGUGCCACUGGUUGGUACUCCUUAUGCUUCGCCACGUUCUUACAAUCCUAAACGCUGCUGGGUUGCUGGUUGGGGAAGGAAUAUGUUUGGUGACAAGAGUACGCAACAUAAAUUAAAGAAAGUGGAAUUACCUAUUGUGGAUCAUAACAAUUGCCAAGAAAAAUUGCGAAAAACGAGGUUAGGUGAACGAUUCGUACUCGAUUCUAGCUUUUUAUGCGCUGGAGGACAAAAAGGAUUUGAUUCGUGCAUAGGUGAUGGAGGAGGGCCGUUUUUUUGUUCUUCACGAAAAAAUGAAAACAAAUUUAUUCAAGUUGGUGUCGUUUCCUGGGGCAUUGGAUGUGGUACUACUAUUCCCGGUGUUUAUGCGUUUGUGGAAGCAAACAGCGAAUGGCUUACCAACGAAUUCAAUACUAUUUCUGUGUCUAGAACGUUUUUGUAACAUGCGCCUAACUCAUUCAAUUUCUAGGUAGAUAUUUAUUUUUGUAUUUUUGUAUUUUUUUCCAAUAGAAGUGAUAUAUUUUUCAA